CAGAAAUAGAAGUACGGAAACGCAUGUCCCCAUCCAACGUGAAUUUGCUUUUCAUUGUUUUUACGGCGUGAAUUUCAAUUAUUUAGGUUUAAAAAAAGAGUGAUAUUUAACAAUGGCAAAUGAAAAUAUUAAUGAGCAUAAAUGUGAAACUGAUAAAUGUGAGAAUUUUGCAAAAUUACGUUGCCCAACUUGUAUUAAGUUGGGAAUAAAUGGUUCAUAUUUUUGUUCUCAGGAAUGUUUUAAAGGCAAUUGGAAUAUUCACAAGGAAGUUCAUAAAAAAGCUAGUAAGUUCUUACCAUUAUGCAUGUCUCUCGAAAAUAGUUGCUCAUUUUCGAGACUUGCUAGACAUGAAGGUGAAGUAGCACAAGGAUUUAGAAUAAAAGAUUAUNAUCUAUUAAAUAUGUUUCAGACCCCUAAAAGAGAAGUCCCUGAUUCUAUAAUGCGACCUGAUUAUGCUGAUCAUCCUACAGGUGUAUCUUUGUGUGAAACUACAUUAAAGGGAACAACAAGCAUCAAAAUCCUAGAUGAUGAAGAAAUUCAGGGUGUUUCUUUAGCUUCAAAGCUUGCUCGAGAGGUGUUAGACGCAGCUGCAAAAGCUGUUGCUGUGGGCGUUACUACCGAUGAAUUGGAUCGCAUUGUUCAUGAAGCAUGUAUAGAAAGAAAUUGUUAUCCUUCACCUUUAAAUUAUUACACAUUUCCAAAGUCUUGCUGCACCUCAGUGAAUGAAGUCAUUUGUCAUGGCAUACCAGAUUUACGACCCUUAGAAGAUGGAGAUCUUCUAAAUAUUGACAUUACCGUGUAUCACAAUGGCUUUCACGGAGAUUUAAAUGAAACUUUCUUAGUUGGAAAUGUCGAUGAAGCAGGGAAAAAACUGGUGCGUGUUACAUACGAGUCCCUGAUGAAAGCUAUCGAAAUAGUGAAACCUGGAGAGAAAUAUAGAGAAAUUGGUAAUGUCAUUCAAAAGUAUGUCCAAGCACAUGGUUUUUCAGUUGUUAGGAGCUAUUGUGGUCACGGAAUACAUAGAUUAUUUCAUACAACUCCAAGCGUUCCUCACUAUGCAAAAAACAAGGCAAUUGGAAUAAUGAAACCUGGACAUUGUUUCACUAUUGAACCUAUGAUUUCUGAAGGUACUUGGACUGAUAACACAUGGCCAGAUGAAUGGACUGCUGUGACCCGUGAUGGUAAACGGUCUGCACAAUUUGAACAGACCCUGCUAGUGACGGAAACUGGAUGUGAGAUCCUGACACGGAGAAGGAAUCUUGGAGGACAGCCUUACUUUAUGGACAAUUUGUCUUAGCAGUUUUGUUAUGACAAUAUAUUAAUUGAAAUAGAUUUGAAUUAGAAUGUGUUAAAAUAAUUUUUUAUUGUUUUGUUUAGUCAAGAUACAAUUUAUACCUUACAAAAUAAAACAAAAAAGAAAUUCCUGCAAUACUUCAAAAUUAUUUGUAUAAUUAACACUUUUUUUAUUUUAUUAAAAUUUAAAACUAUGAAUUACAAAGAGAAAAUAAUUAUAAAAGUACAAUGGAUCUCAUGGAAAAAUGUGUCUUAAAAUAAGGUGAUUACUUUGGAAUAAUUAGCAAAGUUAUUCAUCUCUAUACAUAACCAUAAUACACUUAUCUAAGAAGAAUUAUAGUCUAUAUUGCAAAAUUUCUUGGCUAUGAACUCAAUACAUUCUAACAAUUUUCUUAUUCUCUAUACCUCUACCUAUUUAUAUUGAGUGAUUCAACGGAUUGAAAACUUUUAAUGUUAAACAUUUCUUAUAGUUUACCAAUAACUUUUUUUUUCUUUAGAAAUUCAUUUAUUUUGCUUUCCAAUUGUUGCUUUUUAGUUUUCAUUUAAUUAAUCAUAAUGUAUUAAAUAGUUUGAAAAUUAAUACUUUGAUUAUUUAAAAUAGGUUGCAAUUUUAAACUGUUAAAAUAUUAGAUGUUUAUUUUUGAGGAACUUUCUUCCACUUAAGGUUGAAAGAAACUUGUCAUCCCUAAUUCAAAGCAUGGUAUUUAUGUUUAUUUCAAGCAUGAAUGUGAAGUAAAAGAUGUAUAUUUUACUAAACACAAAUUUAAAAAAAAUUUCAAAUUCAAAUAUUGUAAACCUAAAUAUGUUUAUAAAUUAUUCAAUAUCUUAAUAAUUAAUAUUUUAGCUAAAUUUAUGCAACUGAUAUUUUUAAUAAGAAAAAGAGUUAUUACUUAUAUUUUUAAUUCUGUAUAUAUUUUACUUGUAAAUAUUGUUGCAUUCAUUGUUAAUGAAAAAUACUAUUUUUAUUAUUAUUUAGUAUUUAAUGAUGUUGCUCAAUAUUAUUUUCUUCUUGCUAAUCCUUUUCUCUGAGAAUGUACAGCACUUUAGUUUUUAAACUAGGUAUUGUAAUAAAGUUUAUUUGAAAAUAGUAAACGUGCUAUUGAGUACUUUUAAAAAAUUAGAAAUGCUUAUUAAAACUGAUUCAAAUCUUUUCUGUUUUCUUUCAAAUGCCAAGAAAUUUGAAAUGUUUAAGUAAUUUGGUCAAGACUUUUUUAAAAAUGUAGUAGUAAAUGGCAGAAUAAGUUAAAUUACAUACAGCCAGAGGAGAAAUUAUUUUUUUAGUUCUAUAGUGACAACAGAUCCAAAUUUCCAUAAGCUCAGCUGUUUCCUCACGUGAGCAUGUCAUAAGGGGAAAAAAAAAAAACAGGUUCAUUUGUUUAAAGAAUGCUCUGAUGAUAAACCAAUAUUUAAUUCAAGGAAUAGGUACAAAUAAAGAAGGUAUCACCCUGAAUAAUUCUAAUGAUGGUAUAUUUUAUGAACUAAGUGUCAAUCUUAAUGUUUCCAGGGAGUGAUUUCAUAUAUGCUAAUUAAUUAGUCCUUACUAUUAAUUAAGUUAUGAAAUCAAACACAAAACCAUACUUUCUCUGAAUAAACAUUUCUUACACAUAUUUAGAUUUUUGACCCUUGAAAUAGGGGAGGUAGUUGCAAUUUGGAAAUUUUGGCUCCUACAGUAAAGCCAAGAGAGUGCAUUAAAGUUAUGUCUCCUUAAUAUUAAUAUCUUAAAAAUUAAUUCAAUAUUUUAAAAUAAAAAAUUGCAUCCACUGAGUACAAGUUUACCCAAAGAUAAUUUCACACAAAAAAUUUUUUUGCUAUUUAAUUUAAUAGUGGAUGGAAAAUAAUUUAAUUACGAUCCAGAAUUUUUUUACAUCAUAUUAAUCUACAUAUUUUUUUAUAGCGAAAUCAAAAGUUUCACUUCUUUAAAGUUAAAAUUAUUUUUUAAAAAAAAUAAUAAUUUGGCAACAGGAAAAAAAAAUAAUAAAUAUUGGUGGGAUUAAUUCCUAAAUGUGGUAAACUUGCAAAAAACUUGACUUUCAUUAGGUAGCAUAAAAUUUCAUUCAUGUUUUCAUAGUAAGUAGGUCACUACUCUUAUUACUAGUGUAUCCUUUCCUUUUAUACCUCUCAAUAGUAUGAGAUUUGAUAAUCCAUUGCUUCUUAAAAAAAUAUAUAUAUUUAUAUAUGACCCCCAAUUCACCUAAAUAAAAUUUCAUGAUAAAAAUUUUCUCUUUAUAAUAUUCAAAGGUCCUAAAAAUUUUGAAGUAACUUAUAGAAUGGAUAAGGUACUUGUAUGUUAUACAAUUUGUGGAUGGUUCCAUAGUUCAAGGUAUCAAAUUUUAAAAUUGUCUAUUAAAUUAUGAUGGAUUAGGCCAAAAAAAAGGGGGAGGGGGAAUAUCAUGGAAAAGUGGCAUGCCUGUAAGAAAUGAUAAAUAAGUCUGAUUCUUCAUGGCUAUUAGGAAUGAUUUUAAUAAAUAAGUUAUCUUAAUUAACCAUUUCAGUCGAGUGGAAAAAUAGUAUUUGUAAAGACAGAAGUUAGCUUUUAUAUAUGAGACUUGCAUAAUCAUCAUUUACAUCACAACCUCUAAAUGGGAAUUAUGCAAAUUUCAUAAAAUAAUAUUUGUAUUUUAUAAAUCUAAUUUUUUAUUCUCAAAAACUACAUUGUAAACUUCAAAGAAUAAUAAAGAUUUCUUUUUUUUUAGAAUAGUACAUUUAUUCAAUAAAUAACAAAUAAAAUAAAUUAAUAACAACUCUUAUGAUUUUAACAAUUGAGAUCAAUUACAAAAUUUUGAUAUCAAAACUUUUUCCUCGUGGUAAAUUUUUUUGAUAACAAAAUAUACUUUUGUAACUGAAUAUAAUGUUUUGCAGUUUAUUAAAAUUAGAAGUUGUAUGGAUAGAAGUUCAUUCCAAGUGUAGGAUUGGCAUAACACAAAGAUGAGAAUAAACAUCAAUAAUACUUGAAUUACAAACAUAAUUCUCAUCAAGAAAGUAGGAUUCUUGAAUAAAAU